UUAUGUUGUCAUGUGAUGUUGUCUGUCGGAAACUAGCCGUUCUAUUUUUAUCCACUCUUAGCAAGUCACCUGGAAAUAGAGAGGGUAAACUGGAAUUUUUCGAAAGUUCAAGGCCGGUCAGAAAGAGUUAAUCCUUUAGAGUAGGGGAGGAGCGGCCAGGAGAGCAUGUGUGUUGGUCAGCUACUGUUUUACAUAUGCGCAAAAAGGGAAAACAGAUGACAAUCGAACUUACGGAAAGGAAAUCUCUCAAUACCUGGAAUUUUAUCACUUACUGUGAGGCGCCUUCCUGGAAUUUGUUCAGCACUCUUGUAUGGCUACUCACUAAUGAAGAGUACGUAUAUGUUCUUGUGUUCCAGCAGAGGGGACUGCCCGGAACAUGUUAAUUUUCUGAAGAAAAUGAUUGACAAGAAAAGAAAACGAAAUACAGUAUACCUUUAGGAAAUAAAAACAAAUCAACUCGUCACCAUGUCCAAUGAGAAAAAGCGCCAUGAGUCCGGAGAAUCCUACGACUCUACGGACAGUGUGGGAGACCUUAUCCCCACCCCACCAGAUGGAGGGUGGGGCUGGGUGAUCGUGUUCAGUUCUCUUUUGUGUAACAUCAUCGUUGACGGUAUAGGGUACGCCUUUGGGGUUCUCCUUCCCCAGUGGGAAGAAGUUUUCCAUGAGUCUCCCGGUAAGAUCUCGCUCGUGGGAUCGCUGCUUGUCGGGGUCUACCUAUGUGCAGGUCCCUUGGUAAGCGGUUUGACUAACAAGUUUGGAUGCAGACCUGUGACGUUUGCCGGAAGUUGUUUAGCUUGUUUAGGAUUCCUAUUGGCGUCUUUCAGCAGUAGUAUCAAUGUACUUAUGUUAACCUAUGGAAUCAUGGGAGGUUUGGGAUUUGGUCUAAUCUAUUUGCCUGCCAUAGUGAGUGUUGGUUUCUACUUCGAGAAAAAGCGCGCCAUUGCGACUGGAAUAGCUGUUUCCGGUUCCGGAAUCGGUACUUUUAUAUUUGCUCCGGCAAACGCUGCUAUGUUAGAAGCAUAUGAUUGGAAGUUUAUGCUAGUGAUUCACGCCGGUAUAAUUUUAAAUGGAUGCGUUUGUGCAAUGGUAAUGAGACCCCUAGACCCUCCAAAAAGGAAGAAGAGGAAGCCAAAAAUUAGAGCAAAGACAAUGAUUGAUCGUGUAAAAGAAAGAGCCAUAGCAAAUCGAAAUCGAGCUGGCGAAUCGGAAUCCAGUGUUCAAAUUGGAGAAAGUUUUGCAAAAUUGCAAGAAGCCAAACGACUGCGCGAAGAAAGGUUAAAGGAGGAGGGGUCAGACAUUUUGUCCAUGCCUAGUGCUUACUUCGAAAAAACAAACAAGCUCUCUUUUUCAGAAGCAGGGGAGAGUUAUUGUGGAAGCCCUGUAGUAGACAUUCCAAAAAUAACAUUUAGUGGCAUUGACGGGAAAGAGAUUCCAUCACCAGAAUCUCCACGAUCUGAAAACUUCGACGCUAAGAGUGGUUCAAAAGAGGCAGUUCAGAGGAAAUCCAGGGAGGAAGAAACAACGAAAAAAGAAGUAAGCGACGCAAACAUCCUUAAAGGAGUUUACAGCCAUGAAGUGGAGCCACUUAUCGAAAAUGGGUACGCGAAAGUUGCCCCACGCCAAGCAAAGGACUAUUCAUCGGCUGCCAGACUUCGUAUGGGGUCCCAGCAUAAUAUAGAGAAAAAGGACUACGCUAGACCAAUGUACAGACAGGAUAUAUUCUACAGUGGAAGCGUCAAUAGAAUCCCACAAUUUACUUCACAACCAGACAUGCACAGUUACAUUACUAGUAUUACAACAAUACCUGGAGAGAUAGAGAUUCCGCCAUCUUCAGUGUGGGAUCAUUGCACGUGUUUGCCAAAAUCCAUUGUAGACACUUUACGCGACAUGUUAGAUUUCUCAAUAUUAAAAAACGUAUCUUUUGUGUUGAUUUGUGUUGGAAAUUUAUUCGCAAUGGUUGGAUUUUAUGUUCCUUUCACGUACUUAGUAGAUCAUGCUUUGGAGCAGAAUGUGUCAAAGACAGAUGCAGCUUUUCUCUUGUCUGUGAUUGGUAUCACGAAUACUGUUGGUCGAAUUCUGUCUGGUGUCUUAGCCGACUUGACCAAGGUGGACGCUCUGAUCAUUAACAACGUUGCUUUGGUGAUUAGCGCGGUGCUGCUCUUCCUAGAACCUCUUUGCACAACAUACCCUUUGCUUAUUCUUUUUGCAGCUCUCUACGGUUUAUGCGUCUCUGCGUAUAUUUCAUUGACCUCCAUCAUCAUUUGUGAUAUCAUUGGACUGGAAAAACUAACCAAUGCAUUUGGUAUGCUAACGCUAGCCAGAGGGACGUCUUCUAUUUAUGGACCUCCACUAGCUGGCGCGCUGCGGGCCGCCACAGACAGUUACAACUACUCUUUUUACCUUGGAGGUGGGAUGUUCACUGUGGGUGCCAUCUUUCAUCUAAUGUUACAUUUACCGUGCAUCAAACGGAAAGGACUGCAGGAACUCACAGGGGCUGACCUCGAUGUACCGGAAGCGGAAGCUCCUGUUGCUGUAUAGAUCACAGUAAUCAGUAAGAAUAUUUUUGAAGCAAUAUUUUUAAAUCAGAUACAGGCAUUGUUGACAUGGGUUUUUCUUUUAAGCGCUUGUUUUGUUAUUGAGAAUGUAUAUUACAUGUAUAUUGUAAAAAUGUUUUAUUUUCGUUUCGUGUAUACCUUAUAAGGAGUCAAAUCUCGUCACCAAAACGAGAACACAAUAGAAGAUAUAACUUGAAAGACGUUUUAAUGUCAUAGUGAAGACAUUUAUUGUAUGGGGAAUUUACCAAGCCUUGGUAUACUGUUGUAAUUGUUAUUUUACAUGUGAAUUUCGAAUUCCAGAAACUUAAAUGUUUUUGUGGCUCUACUUGUUAUUGUCUUUUAUUUUAUUUUGCAGCAGGUACAUGCAUGUAAUAUUUUUUUUCCUUCAUGAAUUAGUCUUUUUUUAAACAAAAAAUGCACCUACAUAGUCUUUACUAGGUAUUUACUAAACCUUAGAUGUAUGAGAAAAGAAAAUGGUUUGAUAUAUGUAAAGCUCCCUCCCCCCCCCUUUUUUUUUAAAUUAUUGUAGUGUUUACAUUAACAGUCAAUAAAAACUGAUAGAAUCGUGUAACUCAAUUAUAACAAGUUGAGAACAUUUUGUUUUGGUUAAAAUCUCUGGUUAACUUUUGAUAUAUUCUAGUGAUUUUACGGUAUAUUUAUAUGUAUUUUCUGUUAGAUACAAUGUAGAACUGUUCAUUUGCAAAUCCAAGUUGUGUUCUUUCUUUAACUUUUAUGCCAUUUUACUUCUAUCUCCACUACUGAUUUUAUCAUUACAGUAUCAACGUAUAGAUAAAUAAUAUUUUUAACAUGAAAACUGUUUUAACUAUUUGUAUACAUUACUGGUAUAUGUCCAGAGUACAUCUUUAUAUUUUAUCAGAUCUAUUAUAUAUUAAGAAGCGCAGCCAGCUGCCAGAAUUUUACCUUGAACAUGGAUCUGAAUUAUGAACAGCUAGAGAGAGUAAAAAGUGUUUGUUGUGUAGCUGAAUCAUUUUAUGUGUGUGUGUGUGUAAUUAAGCAAAUUUAUUUUUAUUAUACACAAUCAUUGACAAAAGAGGAAUGCUUGAGGCAAUUAAAACAGUUCAAUAUUCUAA